AGAGAGAUAGAGAGGGAGAAAGAGAGAGCGAGAGCCGCAAACAAAACUGCCCACGUGACGGUAUUCCCUUGCUAUUCGGGAAAACCAAACUACAUCUCAGUUUAAAUCCGUUUAUGCUGCCCACGCCCACGCCACUUUCUCCACAAUCCACCGCCACAAUUGGACAAGUCCACCGUCCGUCUAUUUGACUGACACCGCCUUAGGGGCUGUCUCCUCCCAGUGGCAACAGACUAUUUUUGCGGGGGGACAACACAAUUUGGACCGCUCAGUGGGUUCCGUGUCCUCUGUGGGAAGCACAGUGGACGGCGGGAUAACGAGUGACUUGCUUUAGGUCGACAGCGAGGCUGCAGCAUGCCCUCCGUGUUCCUGUCGUGUGUGGAGAUAGCCUUGUACCUUCAUUUGUGCUCUCUCGUGGACUUCGGGGAUGCACACAAUGCGAAGGAAGUGGUUCUGUUGGACUCCAAAGCACAGCAGACGGAACUGGAGUGGAUUUCCUAUCCACCUAUUGGGUGGGAAGAGAUCAGCGGCGUGGAUGAAAAUUAUACACCCAUUCGCACAUAUCAGGUGUGCAAAGUCAUGGAACCUAAUCAGAAUAACUGGCUUCGGACUAAUUGGAUAAAAAAGGGCAAGGCCCAAAGAAUUUUUGUGGAACUCAAGUUUACCUUAAGGGAUUGUAACAGUCUACCUGGUGUGGUAGGCAGCUGCAAGGAGACGUUCAACUUGUAUUAUCAGGAAACAGAUUCAGAGUUGGGUCGGAGCAUGCGAGAGAACCAGUACGUGAAAAUCGACACCAUUGCAGCUGAUGAAAGCUUCACUCAGGGCGACUUGGGGGAACGGAAGAUGAAGCUCAACACUGAAGUGCGAAUAAUUGGCCCCCUAUCCAAACAGGGCUUUUACCUGGCCUUUCAAGAUGUUGGGGCGUGCAUUGCCCUGGUGUCUGUCAAAGUGUAUUACAAGAAGUGCUGGUCCAUCAUAGAGAACCUGGCUAUAUUCCCAGACACCGUGACAGGAUCUGAGUUCUCCUCCCUGGUGGAGGUUGAGGGAAUAUGUGUGAACGACGCAGAGGAGGAGGUGGACAACUUUCCCAAGAUGCACUGCAGCGCUGAGGGGGAAUGGCUGGUGCCCAUUGGAAAAUGCAUAUGCAAAGCAGGAUUUCAUCAGAGAGGAGAUGCAUGUGAACCAUGUGGCCAUGGAUUCUACAAAUUUUCCUCCCUGGACCUACAGUGCUCUCGUUGCCCGAUGCACAGCUUUAAUGAGCAUGAGGGUUCCUGGCGCUGCGACUGUGAGGAUGGCUACUACCGAGCUUUUUCUGACCCUCCUUCUGUGGCCUGCGCAAGACCUCCUUCAGCACCACAGAAUCUAAUCUACAACAUCAACCAGACAACAGUUAGCCUGGAGUGGAGCCCGCCGGCUGACACAGGUGGACGCAGUGACGUCACCUACAGGGUUAGAUGUCGGCACUGUAGCUGGGAACCUGAAGAGUGUGAACUAUGUGGGCCAAACGUGGGAUAUUUUCCUGCACAGUCACAAUUAGUGAAUAAUUAUGUCAACAUUGUUGACCUCCUGGCCCAUGCCAACUACACUUUUGAGGUGGAAGCUGUCAAUGGCGUGUCUGACCAGAGCCGCACGCAAAGGCUGUUUGCAGCAGUUACCGUUGCCACUGGACAAGCAGCUCCAUCCCAGAUCAGUGAAGUUAUCAAGGAGAAAGUGCACCAGCGUAGCAUCCAGCUCUCCUGGCAGGAGCCCCAGCAAUCCAAUGGGAUCAUCACAGAAUAUGAAAUCAAAUAUUAUGAAAAAGAUCUGAAGGACCGGACCUACUCCACAGUGAGGGCCAGAUCCACAUCAGCGACUGUGAACCAUCUGAAACCUAGCACAGCUUAUGUUUUUCAGAUACGAGCCUUUACCCAGGCAGGAUAUGGAACAUUUAGCCCCAGAGUGGAGAUAAUGACCAAGGAAGAGGCAACUGCUGCAAUUGUCUCCAGUGAGCAGAACCCUGUCAUCAUCAUAGCAGUGGUGGCAGUGGCAGGAACCAUCAUCCUGGUGUUCAUGGUGUUUGGCUUUAUCAUUGGGAGAAGGCAUUGUGGGUACAGUAAAGCGGAUCAAGAGGGAGAUGAAGAACUUUACUUCCAGUUUAAAUUUCCAGGCACCAAAACAUAUAUUGACCCUGAAACCUAUGAGGAUCCAAAUAGAGCUGUCCAUCAAUUUGCCAAGGAGCUGGAUGUGUCCUGCAUUAAAAUUGAGCGAGUUGUCAGAGCAGGGGAGUUCGAGGAGCUGUGCAGUGGGCGAAUAACAUUACCUGGAAAACGGGACGCUUCGGUGGCCAUCAAAACAUUAAAAAUGGGUUACACUGAGAAGCAGAAACAAGACUUCCUCUUUGAAGCCAGCAUUAUGGCACAGUUUGACCAUCCCAAUGUUUUGCAUCUUGAGGGAGUCGUGACAAGAGGAAAACCAGUGAUGAUUGUUACAGAAUUCAUGGAGAACGGCUCAUUAGAUGCCUUCCUAAGAAUGCAUGAUGGUAAAUUUACCAUCAUUCAGUUGGUUGGCAUGCUGAGGGGCAUAGCAGCAGGAAUGAGAUAUCUUGUCGACAUGGGCUAUGUUCAUCAAGAUCUUGCAGCACGGAACAUCCUCGUCAACAGCAACCUUGUAUGUAAAGUGUCUGACUUCGGCUUGUCCCAGGUGUUAAACGAAGAUCCUGAAACCGUCUACUCGACAACGGGUGGAAAAAUACCAGUCCGGUGGACCGCACCAGAAGCUGUCCAGUUCCGUAAAUUCACUUCUGCAAGUGAUGUGUGGAGUUAUGGCAUUGUGAUGUGGGAGGUCAUGUCCUAUGGGGAAUGGCCAUACUGGGACAUGUCCAAUCAAGAUGUAAAUAAAGCUCUCCAGGAGGGCUACCGUCUUCCAGCGCCUAUGGACUGUCCCGCAGGUCUUCAUCAACUUAUGUUGGAUUGCUGGCAGAAAGAUAGAGGAGAUCGUCCCAAAUUUGAUCAGAUAGUCAGCAUUCUGGACAAGAUGAUUCGAAACCCAAACACACUGAAAACGCCAGUUGGAACCUGUAUCAGACCAAUUACACCACUGCUGGAUCAGAGCACACUCAAUUUUGGGGCUCUCCACUCAGUGGAAAAGUGGCUAGAAGCCAUCAAGAUGGAACGAUACCAAAAUAACUUUACAGCAGCUGGCUACAGCUCCCUGAAAUCUGUGGCCAGGAUGUCAAUUGAGGAUGUCAGGAGCUUGGGUAUUACACUGGUGGGCCAUCAGAAAAAGAUCAUGAGCAGCAUACAGACGAUGAGAUCGCAGAUGCUGCGUCUUCACAAUGCAGGUGUCCAAGUCUGAUGGAAGCAAAACAACUUGUAUAGAGUUGAAGAAAUGGAAUAUCAUGCCAGCCUCACGUAUUGUCGGUGUGCCUGCAGCGGGAACAUUUUUUUGUCUUCAAUGAGACAUUGCGGACUUGAAGGAGAUGACAAAUGAGAAGCAACAAUGGACGAGGCAAAUCGGAUUUCUUUUUUUUUUUUUUCCAAUGAGCUAAUGAACACAUAUCAAAUGCUGUGUUAAGAAUUAAGUGUUUAAACUUAAAGACACACGCUAUUGGCGAUGGUUUUCCUUCGAAAACUGUUUGUUUUCUUCAACUUGGAAACAGGGUAUACUCAGUAGCAGCCAAAAAUGGAGAAAACGUACUUUCAGGGUGGGUUAGGCUCUGGGAUAGAAUUCAAAAUCAUUUUUUAACUUGGACUUUGGAACAGGGUAUACUCAGUCUUAUCCAAAUAUGGAGAAGGUGUGUUUUCUUUUGACCUGUGGAAACUAUUUCAACCUCCUGUACUUGUUGGAAGAACAGUUUUCUGAAACCGUUAUUUUCAAUUCUUUUAUGUGCUACACUGAUAGGCCUUGUCAACACGGGAACACUUGUGGUCUUUAGUUUGAUGGGUUGAAAACAAGGUUGGAUCCAUACACGUCGACAUCAAAUCAAUAAUAUGUUAUGUUCAGACAGAAAUGGAUCAAUGGGUGAAAACAAUGUAAUACAUAUGCCACGCCUACGUGUGGCGCUCUAAGCCAGGGGUGUCCAAACUAAGGCUUUCAUCCUAAAUCUGGCCUGUGGUAUGUCUUGAAACAGUUUUUAAUAAUAUUCAAGUUAUUAUAAGUUGCUUACUUCUUCUGGUCACAGUCACUUAAGUUAGCCGAAGGCCAUCUAUUAUUUAAAUGAAGCUAUUUAAACAAUCUUUCCUGACCAUUGUGCAAACAAAUAAAAAACAACACAUUUACAUAAAUGUACCACUUUUUUAGCUUUAGUGGUGCUAUACUGUUAAUGGCGUUGUGCAGGGCAAUUUCUCUAAAGUAAUGAUCGGACAUUACUUUAGUGUACGGGAGUACCAUAACUUUGGAGGUGGUGACAUCCAGGACAAGGACUCUGGGUACACCCUGGACAAGUCGCCGCCUCAUCGCAGGGCCAACACAGAUAGACAGACAACAUUCACACUCACAUUCACACACUAGAGCCAUCUGAUGCGCCACGCACGGGGAAAUAUUCAUAUGGAUAUUAAAAUCCCCCAUUGUAAUUAUAUUAUCUGUGUGCGUCACGAGAUCAGCGACAAACUCUGAAUAUUCACUGAUAAAGUCCGAAUACGGCCGCACAUGUACCACACAAUCUCACCUGUCCACUGAAUUAUGUGGAAAUUGUAAAAAUUGUCCAAGCAUCAUACCCAAUUCCAAAUCACACCCAUCUAAAAUCUACUGCAAAGCAAGAUGGGUAAAAUGCAAAACACUCUCUUUACAGUUUGCCAUGUUUGGCGCAUUUUAGCUUUGUUUGAUGAUUCUGAUUGAUUACACAACAUUAAGGAGGUCAUCUGCGAAGUAAACAAGGUUGAACUUUUACACACUCUUAAUAUUUAAUGUUUUAUUGUUCUUACUUCAUAUUGUAGUGUCAUCACAGUCUGAUGGGGGUUGUUAACAACAGUUAAAAGUUAUGUUUUGUUGUUCAGUUUGUUAGUUAUAGCCUGCUUUAAUUAAUGCUGUAGCCAACUUAAAUGUCUCUGAUUCGAUAAUAUCGUAAAUCCUACACUUUUAUUUAUGCACAAAUAAUCAUAGUUACGUUACGAUCCUUGCUCUGCUGCUUAGCAAAAAAUGUGUUUUGUUUGUGCGUGUGUGAGCGCUCUUGGGGCUCCGUAUGACAUCAUAUUGGCCAUUUCCAUUUAUAUCGCAGAUUGUACUGUAUUUUUACAUGUUUGACAAACUUCUCACUUCAAUUUGAUAUAAAAUUAAUAUCAAACUUAAACUUAAUCGAUCACGUAAAAACAGCAGUAUACACUUUAUCAGCGCCAGUGUUGGGUUAGUUACUGAAAACCAGUAACUAGUUACAGUUACUAGUUACUUUAUUUCAAAAGUAACUCAGUUACUUACACCAAAAAGUAAUGCGUUACUGUGAAAAGUAACUAUUUAGUUUAGUUUUAAGGCCAUCUUUAAUGCCCUUUUAGCCUUCAUUUCAGUACUGUUAUUGCACUGGAGAAUAAUACAAUCUGUUGAUCAACUUGACAUGCAUUUGCAUCACUGAACUCUGCUAAGCAAUGUGGUCGACAUACAACACACAAAGACAAAGAUAUGUUUCAAAGGGCCAAUUUGUUUCAGGCCAGAACAAAUUGACAAAACUAUUUUAAAUAGCUGCAACAUAACAUACAUAAGUAAUAAACAGCAUAAUAACAACAUAGCUGUAAACCAAGGAAGGCACACAUUACAUACACAAAGCCUAACCAGGCGUUUUUUUCUCUCAAGAAAUUCUGAAAUAAAAUCAUGUCUGAAGCCCAGAACACUCUACGCAUUUCCCCAGUUUUAGUUUAGAGAUAAGGAAAGAUUGGCCUGGUCCAUUAGGAUCCCUCUUUAUGUUUGUGAACUUUAUAGUCUAUACAUUUAGAGUGAUGCAAUAAUCAAACACUCUAGAAGUCUAGAAUGAAAGAGUAUAUAAGAGAAUUGACAGAGUGUGUGUACCUUCAGUGCUGAAUGAUGAGCAGAGGCAGGUGCCUUGUUAAAAUCCAGCCGCUGUUGCUCAGGAGGUGAAGUGUGUCUCUCAUUACUUGCUUCGUCGAAGCAUGUUGCUUCUGUAGCUAUUUCAGCAGAUUUGAAUUGCUAUGAUAGGAUCUUUGAUCCAAGACACAACUUACAUUUAACUAAAAUGUUCUUUUCUUUGUGGUCGAUAAAGAAAAGUAGUGAGAAUAUCUCCAUGUUAAGAAACUCGACUUCUGGCUCCGCCCAGAUGUAAACACAGACACGCCCCCUCCCACACACACACACAUACACAGCGUGCGCCUCUUUUCCGGUCGCCUCUUCUGCAGCGCUCCAAUAAAACACUCAGAUCUUCUCUGUUUCUAGCCCAGGGGUCGGCAACCUUUACCACUCAAAGAGCCAUUUUGACCAGUUUCACAAAUUAAAGUUAACAAUGGGAGCCACAAAACUCUUUUGAAAUUUAAAAUGAAAUAACACUGCAUACAAAGUUUUUUUUGCUUUGUGCUAUGUAUAAACCAGGAGUCUCAGACGCGCGGCCCGCACCUUAAUAUGAACAUUUUAUGUUAGUGCGGCCCGCGAGUUUUAUCUGAAUGGCGCUUGACAGCGUCAUACUUGCCAACCCUUCCGAUUUGUCCGGAGACUCCAGAAAAUUAAGGAAACUAUUCUCUCGAAUAUCUACUGAUUUUCACCCUUA